AUGACUGUAAGCAAGGUGUAUGAUAAUAUUAAUGUAGAACACUUACCUUAUUACUUUCAUGCAGUGUGUCCUGCUAUUUUUGUUGGCGUAUCGGCUGCCGCAAGACCACAAGGAUACGGUACUGAACUAUAUUGCUGGCUGUCUUCAGAACAUAAUCUCACCUGGGCAUUCCUUGGCCCAGUUCUUGGAAUAAUAGUUAUAAAUAUAUAUUUACUUGCACGUGUUAUGCUUGAGAUUAUAUCAGUACAGUCAAAGAACGUGGAUAAAAGCAACAAACUGACGAAUUUGAAAAAUAAUGCCAAAGCUACCGCUAUAUUAUUGCCUAUACUUGGACUGACGUGGAUAUUUGGAAUUUUUGCUCUAAACGAUGAGCUAGUUGUCUUCCAGUAUUUAUUCACCAUAUUUAAUGCAUUUCAGGGGUUAUUCAUCUUUAUCUUCCACUGUGCGCUGAACUCAGAAGUACGGAAUGCGCUGAGACGAAAACAAAGAAAUUGGGCCUUGACCAAGAGUAGUUUUGGUACGCCCUCAGUCGGAAUAAGUCCAGACUGUACCAAGGAAAGAAGCACAACCGACAGCAGAGCUAGGUACAAUUCUACCACCAUAACAGGACGGCCAACUACCAUGACUUCCGUGACAGUGUCAGUCAAACACUGCGCUGGAUUAGUUGUAACCAAUCUCGAAGAAUCACAGGAGGCAUGUUCCAACGCUGAUACCAUGCCAUUGGCUGUCACCCCUUCGAAGUCUCGCCAUCCCACCAUCAUUGAAAACGAAGCCAGUUCCUCGAGCUACUCAAAUCCCGUGGAGGCAGUUGCUGUAGUAAGACCAGAGAGUGGUGUAUCGAGCACAUCAUCCAAUGCUACAAAAAUGACUGAAGUCACGGAUUAA